GUCAACGCGGCAGAUCACUUUGAAACCAGCGAGAAUCACCCACUAAACGUAACAGCUUAAAUUACAAACGAACAGAAGGCGAACCGAACCUUUGGUGCCACCGCCUGACUCCAUCGAUUCCAUCGUCUCUGGAGCAAAGACAAAAGGCAUAGGCGGAGGGAGGUAAAUUUCGGAAUAACAAAAAUAUCUCAUAUAUAUGUAUAUUGGUGAUGCAAAACAACGGCUAUAUGUAGUAUUAGAGUAUUUUUGUCACUACAGUACAACUCAUUACUUAUUCAUAAAUUGACAUAAAAUUAAUUUAUUAUACUAUAAACGAAUUCUAAUUGCAAUAAACUGAUAUAUAUCGCAACACAUAUAGAAGAGUCCUCCGAUCCUCACCAAUAAGAAUACCGAUAUGGCGCGUAAGUUGAGAGAUCAGAUGAUCAUGAUCCUAUGCUCACUACUUGUGCUCGCACCUCAUCUGUGCCAAAAUCUCACAUUCGCCGUUGGCUACCACUACGAAGUCGGCUGCAAAAAGGAGUCUUUCCCGACUGGAGAUCGUCGAAUCCCUUGUUUGAAUGGUUUCCUUCACCAUUUGGCUAUGCCGACUGCAUUUUAUCCUAGGGAUGCUAGCCUGGUGAUGAAUUCGACCUGCUCUUCCAAAUCAAAUGAUCCGGUUCUGUAUGGUUCCAGGAAGGUUCACAACCUUCCAGAUGGUGGCGCCGCCUCGUGUCUGGAGACAGCUAGGAUGACAGUCCUGAGCAAUUGCAGUCGACGGGUGGGAGCCGACGCUCUGAUAUGGGCGGAGCUGGAAACUGGAGAAAAGGCGAGUUGUCACCUCAGGUACGAGACUUACUCGUUCUCCGAACCCUGACAACGUAUAAUAUGAAGUCAUCCAUCCUUCCCUACGUUCCAUCGAUCUCAAAUGUAAUACGUACGUUCGACCUAAUCUUUCUUCUGUCUGUCGUAUUGUUUAUCUUUACGGA